UUUUGCUGUGACGUUCCUGAGCCUGCUCCCCACGUGUAUAAAACUAACCGUCCAGCCUUCUCUCCGGGGAUUUAAAUUUGCUUUGGUUAGCUGUGCCUUGUCGUUUUUCCUGUUCUCCUUCCAAGUACACGAAAAGUCUAUUCUUCUCGUGGCAGUACCCGUCUGCUUAAUCAUAAAUGAAAUCCCGUUUAUGGCCACAUGGUUUCUACUUGUAUCGACUUUCAGCAUGUUGCCCCUUCUGCUGAAGGACGGCCUGCUGCUGGCCUACGCUGUGACGACGCUGGCGUUCCUGUCGGUCUGCGCAGCCUGCUUUUCCGUAUUUGAGAAGACUUCGGCAGAGGACCUGCAGCUGAAACCCUUCUCCCUCUCCCUGAAGGGACAUGUCUCUUGGUUUAAAUCAUUUCCAAAGAUCGUCAGGAGUCUGUUUCUUCUGUCCCUAACCCUGAUGGGCGGCCUGUCUCUGCUGAGCGCUGCAGCGCAUCCUCCGCAGCGGUUCCCGGAUUUAUUCCCUGUAUCCGUGUCCCUUAUUGCUUGCCUGCACUUUGUAAUGUUUUUGGUGUAUUUUAAUGUGGUUAUACUCUGGGACUCAAAGAAUAGUAGAAGUCAGAAGAAAAUCAGUUAA